AUGACGCACAACAAGCACUCCCUCGACACCCGCCGCCUUUCGGUGGACGCGGAUGGAGAGCCUCUCGGUCGCAGGACUUCAGCACUCGAAGAAGUUCCUACCUUCGUUCCCCCUCCCGGCUUCCCAGGACUUCCAGUCACACGGCGGAGGAGCACCGUAUCCCAGACCUCCCGGGUCACCUUUGAGAAUGAGCGUCCCGAGGACAUGGAGGAGCUCGUCCACAGCGCCUCAGCUUUGAGCAGACACCGAUCGCGGGACAGGCGCGAAUCCCAGGACAACGUCUUCGAACUACCUGCGUUCCCUCGUGCGGCCAAGCCAGGCCCCGUAAGCACCAUUCGAGAAGUUCCCUCAGAGUUUACCACACCGCAAUCGACAAGACCUCCCUCUCCCGUAUCUGGUUUCGCUUCUGGGCCUCCGUCUCCGGGAGAAACCUCCGGUACACAGACGCCGGCUGAGUUUGAGAUCGGCACCGGUCAAGCCUAUCCAGAUGUCGGCACCAUCGCCUCUUUUCGAGGAGCGAUCCUGCUUCUCUGCACAUGCGGUGCCCAGUUGAUGGACAACGUGUUCAUGACUGGCGUGAAUAUCGCGCUCCCCGCGAUUCAGAAGGAGUUCAAUGUGAAGAGUGGUGAACUCCAGUGGCUGAUUUCCGCCUACACGCUUACCUUCGGCGGGUUCCUGCUACUCUCAGGCGUCCUUGCCGACCGUUUUGGCAGGAAACUGAUCUUUUGCUCCGGCAUGGCGACCCUCAGCAUCUGGACCAUUGCCAACGGUUUCGCCACCUCCUUCAUCCAAAUCUCCAUCUUCCGGGCCCUGCAAGGAAUUGGAGCGGCCAUGACCGUGCCUUCAGCGGUGGGUAUCAUCAGCAACUACUUCAUCGCGAAGGACAGAACCUUGGCUCUGACAAUCUUCGGAGCCGCCGGGGCUGUUGGUUUCUGUCUUGGCUUGAUCUUUGGAGGGUUCUUGACUUCGUCCUUGGGAUGGAGAUACAUCUUCUACAUCCCGGUCGCUGUCACUGGUGUUCUUGGCGUUCUUGGGUGGUUCUUCCUUCCCAAGGACCGUAUCGAGGGCACUUCCCGCCCCAAGCUGGAUUUCGCUGGCGCUGGUCUAUCGACAGCUGGACUUAUUCUGCUCAGCUUCGUUCUGUCAAGCGGCGGCGAGUACGGCUGGGGCAAAGCGUUCAUCAUCGCUCUGCUCAUUGUUAGCAUCGCCUUAAUCGUCGCUUUCACAUGGGUCGAGAAGAAGGUCGCCAACCCCAUCAUGCCGCUGUCUCUCUGGAAGCUUGAGAACUUCGCCGCUCUUUGGAUCGGUGGUUUCGUCAUGUACGGCGGAUACCAGACGACAAUCUACUACACCACGCUCAUCGCACAAGAGGUCAACAAGCUCAGCGCCGGCGAAACCGCGAUCCGAUUCCUUCCCAUGGGAGCCACCGGCUUCAUCUUCAGCCUCUCCAUGUCCCGCAUGCUGGAGAUUUUCAACCCCAAGUGGCUUCUUGCAGUGGGCAUGGCAACCUGCGCGAUCGCGCCAGUGCCCGCCGCGCUCAUGAAAGACGACGACCUCAACUUCUGGAAGCACGUCUUCCCCACAACCGUCAUCGGUGUAGCUGGCACCACCAUCGUGUACUGCACCAUCACCGUCGUCCUUCUGGCCUCGGUUCCCGUCAACGUCAAGAGCCUCUGCGGCGGGAUGGUGAACACGGCGUUCCAGAUUGGCAGUGGCUUCGGCCUCGCUAUCGCAAGCGCUGUUGUCCAGGCCGUGGAAACGAAGAAGGGACACGGUCUUCUCCAGCAGUAUGUCAUGGGACUCUGGUGCUGCGUCGGUUUGGCGGGUGUUGGUGUGGUGGCAAGCAUCUUUGGGGUUAAGAACGUUGGCAAGGUUGUCAACGGUCCAGUUAUGGCGCAUUAA